AUGCUGUCCCAAGGAUGGGAUGGCAAGGAGAGGGGGGCCCCCGGGGGCCCCCCUCCCUUUGACGUUGCUGCAGGCGCUGCUGCUUCUGCUUUGUCUCCCCCCCAGAGCAGCAGCAGCAGCAGCAGCAGCAGCGAGUCUCCUUCAUUGCAGCUAAGGAUACUACGGUUAUCUGGUGGCCCUUCUCUGCAUGCAAGAGGAGGUGCUGCUGCUGCUGCUGCUGCUGCGGAGUGUACGUACAUCUCUACUGUUGAUGGCUCUCUUAUAAGAACAGAAGGAGACGGGCAGCAGAUGCAAGUUAUUGAAUUCUCUAGCUUUAAAGAGCAUGUACAGCUGCGUCGCCUUUUCCUUUCCCCCUCGGGUACUCGUUGUGGUGCUAUAAUGGAGUGUGUUGUUGGUGGAGGGAAGGAGAGGCAAUUGCGGCAGUUGCUGCAGCUACCUAAGUCUGCUGCUGCUCUUAGUCUUGCUGUUCUUUCCCCACGAAUGGGGCCUGAUGGAGGGGUUGGUGUGUUAUUAGCAACAGAGACAGAGCUUCUUUGUUUCUUUGGUGUUGGUGGUGUUGCUGCUGCAUUCAGCAGCAGCAGCAGCAGCAGCAGCAGCAGCAAGAAUAACCAUGCUGCUGCUAUAUCGGAUGCUGUUGCCUACGAAGUCUCUCCUGCUGCUGCUGCUGCUGCUGCUACGCCUAGCUGCCUAACAGUAGACAGCCGCAGCAGCACAGACCCUAAUAUUGCUCUUUAUACUGUCCAUUGGCUCUCUCCAGUGGGCCUGUUAACCGGGGAGCUGCGGCUGCCAGCAACAGCAGCAGCAGCAGCAGCAGCAGCAGCAGCAGCAGGAAGCGACAGCGGUAACAUGCUGUCUUUUCCUCCUGAGGUUAACAUGUUCCUCGCACUGCCGCAACAUCUUUACGGGAAGGGUUUGCAACUUGUCCAUGACAGCAGCAGUACGUGCAGCAGCAGCAACAGCAACAGCAGCAGCAGCAAGGAGGACUACAGCGGAGCGCUUGCUGCCUGCCGAUCGGUGCAGCAGCGGGAGAUUGUGCUGCGCAGCAAGGCGCGCGAGCUGCUGCAGCAGCAGCAAUGGGUUGCUGCUGCUGCUGCAUUAGCUAGCUGCUGCAGUGUAGGGUUUGAUGAUGCUUGCUGCUUGCUGCUGGCGCUGCAGCAGCAGCUGCCGCAGCAGCAGCAAGUGCUGCUGGAGGCACUGAGGGUUUACGUUACUGCUAAGCUGCAGCAGUUAGCAGAUGCAAACCCUACACGCAAAACCCUCAAGAGGAAUUACCGCUUCCUUGCUCCUGGGGAUCGUCCGUCUCCCCAACAGGUUGUCUUGUUUACGUGGUUGCUGCAGUUGCUGCUGCAGCAGCUAAAUGCAGCAGAUGCAGAGAUACUAAAGGCUGCCUCUGCUCCUAUACCUGCUGCUGCUGCUGCUGCUGCUGCUGCUGCUGCUCCUGCAGCAGCAGCAGCAGCAGAUAGCAGCAGCAGCAGCAAAACAGCUGAACUAGAAGAAACACUGCAGCAAACACAAAGAGAAAUUCGUCGUCUUCUUGCUGAAUUUAAACACGCUACAGUGGUGGGGUUGCUGCAGAGCAGCGGUAGGAGUGUGUUAUUAAGGGAGUUUUUGUUGAUGAUUGGUGACGAAGAAACUUGUGCUCGUCUCUUCCUUAAUUCUGCACAAUAUAGAGAUGCACUAGAUGCUAUAUUAUCUAUACAAAACCCUGAUGUACGCAGCAAUCUAUUUGCUGCUUAUUCCCCGCUGCUGCUGCUGCACUAUCCGCAGCAAUUUGCUGCUGCAGCAAGAAAGAGCGAGUUUGCUGCGCUGCAGCCGUGGCUGCUGCUGCCUGCAUUAACCUUACCAAUCAUUAUGCUGCAGCGGGAGCAGCAGCAACAAGGUAGCAACAGCAGCAGCAACAGCAGCAGCAGUAGCAGCAGCAGCAGCAGCAGCAACAGCAGCAGGGCUUACGCUUGCUGGAAGUCCGCGGUGCAACUCGUUAAACAUUUUGCCUUGGCUAAUGGAAAUAAACCCGGGAUUUCUUUUUCCUUUGGUAGAGGAGGCGCACUGCAUGCAAAUGGUAUAGCGGGCAUCAGCAGCAGCAGCAGCAGCAGCAGCAGCGGCUGCAGCUGGGCAUCACCAGCAGGGUUGGGUACAGCGCUGCUGCUGCUGCUUGCUGAGGCCCCUUACGACUCUGAGUCCGAGCUGGCUUCUGCAAUUGCUGAUAGCGAGGGAGCCUUUGAUGCUCUGUUAUGUUUGCGUCAUUGCCAAGAGAAGAAAAGAAGAAGAGCAGUUAUCCUGCUGUAUGUACACCUCAAGAGAUACCAGGCAAGGGAGGCUGUACAUAUGGCACUAGAGGCAGGAGAUGUAUCGCUAGCUGAGGAAGCAGCUAGCUGUUGUGGUGAUGAAUUACUUAAGAGAAAUUUAUGGCUGGAUAUAUGCCGAUAUAUUGCAAAGAGCGAGGACGGAGCAUCUCUUCUUACCUUAGUUGAGCGAUCCAAGCACUGCAUCAAGAUACAAGAUUUGCUUCCGUUGCUGCCUGAUGCUGCUCUGCUGCGGGAUGUAGCACCAGCACUAAGAGCAGCAGCAGCAGCAGCGCAGCGCAGCAGCAACAGCAGCAGGAACGAGCUGCAGCAGCACCUUACUGCUAUUCGCGAUCUUAAGGAUCAGCUGCAGGCUGUUAACCGCAAGUGUAUAAUUAUAGACCCUAAUUAUUUAUGUGAUAUAUGCGGGGCUGCCGUCAUCUGCCCAGAUGAAUUGGCAAGAUUUGAUCGCAGCGUUGAGGCCCUCGCUACGGCCGUAAAGGAGAAUUCCCCUGAUAUAGAAACCCUAGAAGAGUAA